AUGACAUUCUCCGCAUGUGAGAGAAGAUGCACGGUUCAUCCUUAUUUUUCCCUUCAUUUUUCUCUCAUUUUGCGGUUGAUAUGGCGCGUAAAUCGGGUUCGUAUCGCAAAACUCUUAACCCUCCUCAUGAAAUGUCUGGUAAUCAUAGAUCCUCACCAGAAUUGCUCCUAUUUGCGACAGAGAAGCAUAUUUGCUCCUCCUUUCUCAGGUGAAGAAAAGAAGAAGAAGAAAGCUGUUAGCUUUUUUCCCCCCAGCCGAGAUCUGGAAUCUCCAUUCUCCAGGUAUUCUCUGCUUCAGCAAAGGGAAGGAGGACACGGUAACAAAAGCAGAGAGAUGCUGGAAGUAAACCAUUCAACUCAAAAGAAGAUACUCAUUUCUGUGUUGUGUAGGAAAAUAAUACAGUGA